AUGGCGGCUUGCAUUACUAAUUGUUUGCUUGAAUGGGGUUUGGAUAAUGUGUUUACUAUUACAGUUGAUAAUGCUAGUUCUAAUGAUGUUACCGUGAAAGAAAUGUCUAAAAAAUUGAGCAAUUGGGGAACUAACAUUAUGGAUGGUGACCAUCUUCAUGUGAGGUGUAUGGCACAUAUCCUUAAUCUUAUUGUGCAAUAUGGGUUGAAGGAAAUUGGAAAGUCUGUCAAGCUAGUGAGACAAGCCGUGAAAUACAUUAAACAAUCUCCCGCAAGACUUAGAAAGUUUAAAGAAUGUUGUGAAUCUAAAUUGAUAACUUGUAAGAAAUCAUUAUGUUUAGAUGUCCUUACUAGGUGGAACUCUACAUAUUCGAUGCUUGUUAUAGCACAACAUUUUGAGCUUGUAUUUGAAAUAUAUAGUUUUUAUGAUAUUGGAUACUUGAAUCAUCUUCGUACCUUUGGUUCUGAUUCUUCUGAAAACAAAGAUGGAACUAGUGUUGAAGAUGGAACAAGUGUUGAAGAUGAAUUUAGUAUUGAAGAUGGAACUACUGCAAAUAUUCUUUCAAGUGUUGACUGGAAAAAUGUGAGGUCAAUGGUGAAAUUUCUUGAAACUUUUUAUGUACUUACUUUGAAGGUUUCUGGUUCUAAUUAUGUCACUAGCAAUACACACUUUGUUGAAAUUGUUGAACUUAAUCUUAUUUUGAAAGAGAUGAUGACAAACGAAGAUCGUAAUUUGAAAGAAAUGGCAGAAAGUAUGAAUGAGAAGUUCAAAAAGUAUUGGGGUGAACCACAAAAAAUGAACAAGAUGAUCUUUAUUUCAUCUGUGUUGGAUCCCCGUAACAAGCUUGAUUAUGUUCCAUUUGUAAUUGUUGAUAUGUUUGGAAAAGAAGUUGGGGAAAAGCUAUGUUCAGAAGUGAAAAAAUACAUGAACAAAAGUACCAUCUUCACCCACUUCAUCUGA